UCCACCCCGGGAUUGCAAAGGUUUAAACCAUUGUCACGUUUUUUUCGGUGUCGGAUAAAUUAUCAAAAUAACCGACACGAGCUCAAUGGAGACCUUCGCGGAGGAGAGUGAAAAGUUAAUAAACCAGUUGAAUUACCUCUUUGACUUCAGAAUGGUGGAUGUUUUGAAACAAAGUGGGUUGUUCAUGGAGGAGGUGUUUACAAGAGAAGAGGCCAUGCACCGCCUCUUGACCACCGCCAGCCACCUCACUCACCUGGGCACCUCCCUCCUGACCACCUUCACCCCUGUGACCCCCCUGUCCACGGAGAAACCCCCCAAAAAACGGACUCUAAAAAAACACGGUCAAAUUUUGUAUUUCCAUCGUUUUAUUAAAGAAAUGAUUCCAAAGGAGCACGCCAUCGUGGACGUGGGGAGCGGGGUGGGCCAUUUAUCAAGAAGUUUGUCGAGGGAUUUUGAAAGGGUGUAUUCCGUUGAGCAGGAGUUGGCUUUUGUCAGGGGGUAUCCUUCGUCAGUUGAGGUUUUGAAUGUUAAAUUGGGUGGGAAUGCGGGGGAGGUGUUGGGAAAUUACGUUACAGAAGAGAAAGCAGCCCUUAUUGGACUCCAUUCCUGUGGAGAUUUGACGCCCAACGUUAUCCGUGGGUUUGUGGAGGGUGGGAGAUUCCAGAAAUUGGCCAUAGUUUCCUGUUGUUACCAUAAAAUGGUGGAUCGUAAACCGAUGAGUGAAAUGUUUCAGAGGGUUGAGUUUAGGUUAGGGUUUCUCAGGUUGGCCAGUGAGAGGAGGGGGUUGGGGUGGGGGGAUGAGGAGGUGGAGAGGGUUUGGAAGAGGGGGGUGGAGGAGGUGGUCAAGGGGAGGGAUGGAGAGGAUUUGAUGGAGGUGGAGAGACAGAACUCCCACUUGAAACCACUGAUCCGCACGCUGCUCACGGCCCACUCGUCCCUCCAACGCCUCUGCGAACUAAUCCUCCUCCUGGACCGUGCCCAAUACCUACGAGAGCAAAACUACUCUCCCGAAAUCUACUCUACAAUCAUCCCCCUCGAAUCGAUGCGCCUCACCCACUCACUGCUCUACUCCAAAGCCAAACUCCGCUCCCUCCUGCUGACGAUGCCCACGGAGAAACCGCACCUCCCCAAACUGAAAGCCAUCCGCAAGCAAAAAACCACGGAGAUGACGAAGUACGCCCCUGGCACGAUAAACCUCCAAGUCCUUGGGAACAGCCUGUACCUCUUCACGGACCAGUCCCGGUACUUGUUCAACUGCUCCGAAGGAACUCAACGCCUCGCUCAUGAACAUAAACAGAAGUUGGCGAAGUUAAACCAUGUGUUUUUGACGAGCGGGAGGUGGGAGAGGGUCGGAGGGUUGCCAGGGGUGGCCCUGACAGUGCAGGAUAUCGGGGUGGAGCGGGUGUGGGUUCAUGGACCACCGGGGGUGUCCCGGCUGUUCACCACUGCCCGCCGCUUCAUAAUCCUGAAAGACCUCGAGGUCUCCACGGUGAACACGUGCCACUCUCCCCCCUACUCUGACCACAUCCUGAAAAUCAACUACAUCAACAUCGAUGAUGGAACUGACACGGAAAUCACCGCAGAAAAAGAGGACGACACCACGGAUUAUUACUCUUCUUACAGAGCAUCCCACGGCGAAAAGAUGAUCAGCGUCAAAUCCGACGAGGCUGUUCUUCGUAAAAACGUGGCCGUUCAGUACGGGAUCCAUUUCGAGAAGAAGGAGGGGACUCUGCUCAUUGAUAAGUGUGUGGAGAAGGGGGUUCCUCCGGGGCCGUUGCUGGGGAGGUUGAAGGCGGGGGAGGAUGUGACGUUAGGGGAUGGGAGGGUUGUCAAGGCGGAGGAGGUCAGGGCGGGGGAUUGCGUGGGGGCGGUGGUGUUGGUGCUUGACUGCCCCACCUCCACCCACCUGAAAAACUUCACGACCUCCCCCCAACUCUCCGAAUACUACUCCUCCCCAGAAAAAUACACCCACACCGUCGUCCACUUCACCCCUUUGGAGAUCCUCCAAUCCCCCGAGUACACAGAGUUCCUCACAAAAUUCCACAUUUCCACCCAGCAUUUACUAAUAAACGAUGGAUUAUUGACCGACGCGAACGAGGCCGUCCAUCGAAUGCAGACUAAACUCAAUUUAAUCGAUGAAGAGUUGUUCCCGUUGUUUGAAAUUAAGGAGAAAAUUAAGGUUAAACUUCCUGUGAAUACUAUUAUUGGGGAGACCGGGAUGAAGAUUGGGCUGAGGGGGAAGUUGGGCGUGGAGGGCCCCACCUGGUCGAUAAAUCCAGAAAAAUACCGCACGGAAUUCACCUCAAAAGAAGACUUCACCCGAGAACUCGCCUUAUUCAAAUCCACCCAGCCGAAAUUACCCACCUCCGAAUCGAAACUAAUCUUCCUCGGCACGGGCUCCUCAAUCCCUAAUAAAACCCGGAAUGUUUCUUCAUUUUAUCUCGAAAUUGAUUCCUCAAACGGGAUGCUGUUUGACUGCGGAGAAGGAACUUUUCAACAGUUAGAACGGUUUCCUGAUUCACAAAAUCUAGUUUCAAAACUCAAAAUAAUCUACAUCUCCCACCUCCACGCGGAUCACCACUUGGGACUUUUUUCUUUUUUGAGCAAAAAAUUAUCCCACAAAAUCACUGUGAUCGCACCGGUGCAGAUUUCCUCUUGGUUGAGUUCUUACUCGGAGAACUUCCAAAAUUUACACUACGAUCUGUUACCUUGCGAUUUAUUUCUAGAGAAUUCUCCUAAUUUAACUAACUUCGGGUUGAAAUCCCUCCGAACCUGUUUAGUGAAACAUUGCCCGAACGCUUUUGGAGUGACGGUCGUGAUGGAGAAAACAUUGAAAAAAAUCACCUACUCCGGGGACACGAUGCCUUCGUCAGAGUUGAUCCAAUUGGGUCUAAACUCCGACAUUCUUGUUCAUGAAGCCACGAUGGAGGACGGGCUGGAAAAGGAAGCCGUGAUGAAGCAACACUCGACUUGCGGCCAGGCCGUGGAGGUUGGCAAGCAAAUGGGUGCUAAAUUCACUAUUCUUACCCAUUUUUCUCAGAGAUACAGUAAAAUUCCACUGAUUGAAGGGGAUGUUGGGGGGAAUGUGGGUCUAGCCUUUGAUGGGUUGGUCGUUGGGGUGGAGAGUGUCGGGAUGUUGGGAGGGAUGGGGAGGGUUUUGGGGGCGGGCUGGAGCGAGGAUGUGGAGGAGAUGGAGGUGAAGAGGUGUAAGAGAAUGAGGGUUAAGGGACGAGAGGAAGAUAAGCAAGGUGCUUUGGGUGGGGGUUAGGUUUUUUUUAUAUGUAAAUUUUACAUGUUCGGAAAUAAACUAACAAAACAAAGAACAGAGUCUCACCUUUCCCAAAA